UGCGCGUGCACAUCGACAUUCGAGGCGGGAGCGCGCGGAAAACAGCGUCGUUCUGGGUGUCGUUCGUUCUACCCUGCAGCGCGAAAACGCGUUAAACGCGACGGAGAAGAACCCGAGCCGCAGCGACGCGCGACAUGGACGGACUGUUUCAGCAGUGGGGAGCGUCCCUGGUGUCCCAAGGCCAUCCGUUCGUGGAGAUCAUCGAGCAGCCGAAAGCACGAGGGAUGCGUUUCCGUUAUAAGUGUGAGGGUCGAUCGGCCGGCAGCAUCCCUGGAGAGAAGAGCAACGACACCACGAAAACACACCCCGCCAUCAAGGUGCACAACUACAGCGGCCCGCUGAGAGUCAGGAUCUCAUUGGUCACCAAGAACCAGCCGUACAAGCCACACCCACACGAGCUGGUGGGCAAAGACUGCAAACACGGAUACUAUGAGGCGGACCUACAGGAGCGCCGGAUACACAGUUUCCAGAAUCUGGGGAUUCAGUGUGUGAAGAAGAAGGAUGUGGGAGACGCAGUUUCCUGUCGCCUGCAGACACAGAACAACCCCUUUAAUAUUCCUGAGCCCAAGAUCUGGGAGGAGGAGUACGAUCUGAACGCGGUGCGACUGUGUGUCCAGGUGUCCAUCACGCUGCCCAGUGGAGAGCUGUUUCCUCUGGAGCCCGUCGUCUCUCAGCCCAUCUACGACAACCGCGCUCCCAACACGGCCGAGCUCAAGAUCUGUCGGGUCAACAGGAACUCUGGCAGCUGCCGAGGAGGAGACGAGAUCUUCCUGCUGUGUGAUAAAGUGCAGAAGGAGGACAUCGAGGUGCGGUUCUUCCAGGACUCGUGGGAGAGCAAGGGCUCGUUCUCUCAGGCUGAUGUUCACCGGCAGGUGGCUAUCGUCUUCCGCACGCCUCCGUACCGUGACCCGAACCUGACGGAGCCGGUGCGUGUGAAGAUGCAGCUGCGCAGACCGUCUGACCGAGAGGUCAGCGAGGCCGUGGACUUCCAGUACCUGCCGGCCGACCCCGAUGAGCACAGACUGAUGGAGAAGCGCAAGAGAACCGAAGGGAUGCUGCAGAACCUCAAACUGAGCAGCAUCAUCACAGGAUCCUCUGUGCCCGCAGACAGACGGCCGUUCAGUACAGCGAAGCGAACACUAGGUCUCUCUAAACCCCCAGCAGCCAGCGGUCUCUCAGCAGCGGCGUCUGCAGGUGUGUCGGUGAACUCCUCGUUCUUCUCUCCUGCUCCUGGUCAGCUGUUCACUCAGAGUUCACUCAAACCGGAUCCGUCGAGCUCCGGUGACUCGUGGAAGUUCCUGCAGAGUCUGACGGUGGACUCCCAGCCUGCGCCUGCGGUGUUCCUGAACCAGAGCGUCCCGCAGGACUUCCCCACGGUCAACCUGUCUGACCUGCAGGACUUCCCCCUGAGCAGCUUCGUCCCGGCCGAGCCCCCGAGCGCCCCGAGCACCGCUCCCCAGGACGCCUUCAGCGACGAGCUAACAGACUUCUCCAGCUUCUCCGAGGUGGACUUCCAGGCGCUGCUGGGCGAGGCCAGGGCUGUGGACGACCCCCCGGGGGGCAGCGGCUCCACCUGGAUGUCCAUCCCUCCCAGCAUCGCCAGCUUGAUCCACAGCGAGGGCCUGCAGGAGAACACCCCCCACACAGUCCUGGACGACCUGGAGGUGCUCAGCUCCAUCGACGACGACCGCUUCAUGUCCAUCCUGUCCAGCUCAAACCAGGUGGGCUUCCUGUCCGGACACCCCAGCUAGAGCAGCUCCUGUUCCUGAUGACUGACCGCUGUGUGCCUUACUGAGCCCCUCGGCCAAUCACUGCGCAGCAUCCACCGCCUCGCCGACCAAUGAGCGCUCAGAACACUGACCACUGCAGACUGUAGACACUUUUAAAGGAGCAUCGCACCAUUUCUGUCUUUAUUUAAACUGUAAACAUGUGUUUUGAAGCCAGUUACGUUUUUAUUUGAUAAUUCAUCUUUUAAAGUGUAAUCAACUGGAGAGAUAAACAUUAACAGUUUAGUUAUUCUAUUAAAAAGUAAAGGUUUUAUGCCGUUGUUCGCUGGCCAACAUAAACACAAGAGAUUCUCUACAGAACAAAAUCAAAGAUUUCAUAGUGAUCUGUGCGAAAUGGUAAUAUAUUAUUAGAAACAAACACUUAAGUAAGCCAUUAAAAUGGACUCAAGUAAAUUUGGGACUGAGAAGAACUGAUUUUAAAAUAAAUCGUUUAUUAGAUUUCAAAGAAACAGACGUGCUUUUUAAGCACUAUUUUAUUAUUACUUAAGUGUAAUUUAAACUAAGAUGGAAUUAAAAUCAUAAAAUUGAAAGGACAUGGCCCAACUUCGACUUUAUUAAACGGUUUUCGGUAGAUUAGAUGAGCUCUGUGGUGACUAAUGUUUUAUUCACCAUUGGAUCCAGAAAUCUGAUGAAUCUGCAGGAUGAGCCCUAGAUCACAGCGAGCACUAGUAAGGGGUCAUGUUUAUCUAGUGUGCAGUGAGAUGAAGGCGCUCAGUGCUGUGUGUAGUUGUGCUGGUCUUCUGUUACACAUCAGUUACUCUGAGGACCUCUGCUAUCCCCGUCUGAUCUGAGCGGAGGACCUCGAGGAGAGACUGAGGCGUUGUGUGGUUACUGCAGUUAAACCUCUUCUUUUGAGUGUUGUACAAAUCAAAUAUGCUUUUGUACUAUUAUUUGAGCUGUAAUAAAUGUAUUUACAUCUCA